AUGGAGCUGGGAACCGCGGCGCGGAAGCUUGUGAGCGAGCCCAGGCGCGCGGCCGACCCCGGAGGCAUAGACCACCGCUUAGAAGAGCUGGCUCAUCUCUCCAACCAGGUAUCUCCCUCCCUAGUGUCUGCAAUUGUUUCCAACCGCUCAGCUAAUGCUUUCCACAUGUCUGGGGACGUGGAUUUCUUCUUGCUCAGAGAUCAGGAGCGGAAUAAGUCUCGCUCAGAGCGGGAGCAGGAGAAGACGCUGCGCGUGCACGAGAAGAUGACCUACUCGUCCAGGCUGAAGGCCAAGCACAGCAGACUGCGGCGCGAGCUGCAGCUGGAGGACGAGGCGGAGGACCAGGCGGCACGCGGGGCGGCCGAGCAGCUGCGCGCCCUCCGCGACGGCGCGGCCUGGAAGCUCUCCAUGACCCAAGAAAAGAAGGCGGGAUCUGAUGGCAUCAAGAGCUACGUCAACCAGCAGCGGCAGAAGUUCCUCAUCCAGUAUGCCCUGGAUGUGAAGCGGAGCGAGAUCGGGCGGCUGGAGGUGCUGGCCACCAAGGAGGAGGCGGCGCUGGAGCGGGCCGAGAGGUCCCUGGAGAAGGACGCGGCGCUGUUCGAGGAGUUCCUCCGGGAGAAGGAGCGCAGCUCCGGGCAAGCCCUGAGAGCCGCUGAGAAGGAGACCGAAGAAAAGGUGGAGAAAAUCAUGGAGAUCCGAGACCUGACCACCCAGAUCAUGAAUAUUAGACGCGAAAUCUCCAAACUUGAAGACACACUGCACCAUUACAAGGUCUACAAGGAUUUCCUAUACAAGCUGUCGCCCAAGGAGUGGUGGGAAGAACAGAAGACGCGCUUGGUUCUCAAAAAGGCCAAUGAGGGGGCCGACGCCCCCGAAGAGAACGCUGUGUCCUCCACACUAGGGGACAAAGGACCAGGGAUCAAGGGCAGGACCAGCCCCAGAGGUAUGUGGCUGCUCCAGGCUGGGGACGGGCAGGGCUCAAAGGAGCCCUCGAAGUGUCUGCCAGUGAUCCGGCUGGGGCAGAGCCUGGCUAGCACCGUCAGCCUCCAGCAGGGCAGCCAGUCCAGAGGGACUGGUGGCUUGGACCCCAAAGGGUCGAGCUCUGCCCUCCCGGUGCAGGGGGACCCAGACAGCGACAGGGAGGAGCUGGCGCUGUACUUCACGGAGCCCCAGCAGCUCCUGGACGUCUUCACGGAGCUGGAGGAGCAGAACCUCUCGCUGAUCCAGAACAUGCAGGAGAUGGAGGAGACCCUGGAGGAGCUGAGCUCCGCCCUGAAAAACACCCAGAUCCGCAUGGACAGGGAGGUCAACCAGCUGAAGCAGUGGAUCACCACGCUGAUGAUGUCCAUCGCCAAGGAGGAGGAGACUGCCGCCGAGCUGCAGCUCAAAGCCCGAGUCUUCCAUUUCGGCGAGUACAAGGGUGUUCAGGAGGACAAGCUGCUGGAGAGCCUGGAGCGCAAGGUGCUGGCUGUGUCCCAGCAGUGCGCCAGCACCCAGCAGGAGUCCAGCCUGGGCACCGUGCACAUGCUGGCCAUCAUCGAGCACCAGCUGGACGAGCUGCUCGAGAGCCUGGAGCGUGUGCCCCAGGCCAAGAUGGAGCAGGCCAAGAAGGCCAAGGAGAAGGAACGGCGCCUGAGACUCCGGGAAGAGAAGGUCAAGGUGCAGAAGCAGCUGCAGGAAGAGCGUCUGCAGCGGGCCCGGGUUCGGGCCCAGGCCGAGAUCAAGAAGAAGAGAGGCAGAAGACUGGUGUGCCGCUCCCGGCCCCCGGCUCUGAAAACAGAGGAGGAGCCUGAGCAUGUGCUGAUGGGCGAGGACAAGGAGGAGCAGCUGUUCUUCUUCACCUAGCCUUCCCCGGCCGCCGGUCUGCUGACAGCGCAGGAGAGACGGCAGCAGGAAGCAGAGGCACGCUGGGGCCCCCAGGCCUCCUGCUGUACAUUUCCUCACUCCCUUGAAAUAAAUGCCAUGUCUCUUUGGUGUCCUGGAGGCCUGUUU